AAUAAAAGAAGGGGGAAAAAUAGAAACCAAAACCAAGAGUAUCAUCUCACACAUUUUCACAAACAUGGAAACAAUGAAGAUCUGCCUCUUUCUCCUCCUCGUCUUCGCCGUCGUUGCUCCGUUCUCCGUUGCCUUUCAUGAAACCUCCUACGAUUCAUCUCUCGUUGACGAUAAUUCUAAAUAUAGCUUCUUUGGUGGAGACUCCUCCGAAUCCAUGACUGAAGAUAGUCGUCGACAACUUUUCCAAUAUGGAUUUGCCUAUAAUACUGAAGCUCGCAAGAGGUUUUUGACCUACUAUGCACUUAGUAAGAAUAAUAUCCCUUGCGGCCGUCGUGGUUCCUCCUACUAUGAUUGCAAGAAGCGGAGAAGGAUUAAUCCUUAUCGUCGCGGUUGUGCUGCUAUCACUGGAUGUGCUCGAUUCACCGAUUAAACAAAGUUUUGAUGCUUGUUGAAUUGGUUGACCUUGCUUUUAUCAUAUCGGAUUGAUCUGAUUGGUCCCCUUGAAUUUUAUUUUGGUUAUUUUUUUUUUCUUCUUUUAUAUUGUC